UCCUCCAAAGCUCGCCACCGCAUCCCGUCGCCUCCUCUCUUACCUUGUCUCCCCCGCCGCUGCCGCUUCAUCCUCAGCCAUCGCCCACCGCCUCGCCGGUGACCUCCCCCGUCCACCGCCCCCCCGCCUGCGAGUUCGUUCAGGGAGAUGUCUUCAAGGCGCGAGAACGGGUCGGACGGCGACGGGCUCGGAGCCGAGGGAGGCGUGCCUCCGUCGCCUCUGUACGCCGCUCCGGUCGUCUGCCUCCUCCGGUCUGCCGGGGACUUCGGCGCCGGCGCCUUCGUUGGAGGCGUCGUUGGAUACGGGCAAGGUUUGAUCACUAAGAAGGGCUUCAAGGGCUCACUCAGCAAUGCAGGCUCUGCUGCCAAGACUUUUGCAGUUCUCUCCGGCGUCCAGAGUUUUAUUGUGUGCUUAUUGAAAAAGAUACGCGGAAAAGAUGAUCUUGUCAAUUCUGGCAUUGCUGGAUGUUGCACUGGCCUUGCCUUGAGCUUUCCAGGAACACCUCAAGCGUUGAUUCAGAGCUGCGCCACCUUCGCAGCGUUCUCUUGCAUAAUGGAGGGGCUGAACAAGCAGCAGGCUGCAAUGGCCCACACGCUCGGCGGAAACGCUCUGACCUUUGGGCACGGGAAAGGCGGCGUCCUCCCCCCUUUCACGCUACCACCAAUCCUCGACGCAUCAGAUGCUCUAGCUUCAUGCUGCCAGACCUUAGUGAAGCCCAAGCACUAGGCAACAUCAUGGGGAGAGAAAGAGAGAGAGAGAGAUGAUCAGUAAAAACCUUAGCACCAGACUUCCUUAGCGUAUGGAAAUUCGUUUCUGGACUUGUCAAGAGUGUGUAGUUUUGCUUCCUUGCCAGUCUUUUUCUUGAUGCGUUCUGCAGCAUGUGCUCCUUUGACAUGGCAGAUAAAAAUCCUGAAAAACCUUCGCAUUUUGUUCUCCUGUUAACAUCUGAGACAUGGUUUUGUGACAAGUACAGUAAGAAUGAAGUGAUUGCAGUUCUUCAGAUUCUGAA